AUGGUAUAUUCAAAAUCAUGUCUUGAUUUAAAUAUGGAUAUGGAAACAAAGUUAGAUGCAUGGCGUUCAUAUGAACAUAUUCGUAAACAUUAUGUUUUAGAAGGUGAUCAAUUACAUUGGUUAGCUAUUUCAUUAUAUGUAUCAUGUAGAAGAUAUAAACAUCUAACAACAAAUCAGAAUAAUCCAAUAUCAAUAUUACGUUUAUUAAAAAGUGUUAAUCAUUUAAAAUUAUUUGUUUCUUUUGAUAAAUUACAUAAAGAAAUCGAUCAAGUGUUGAACAUGUUUUUAAUAUAUGAUCAAUUAUAUUUGAAAAAUAUACAAAAAUAUUUAUUGAAAUAUUUGGUGGAAAUCAAUAUAAAAGAACAUCAAAUCAAAUAA